CGCGUUUCCUCUCUCGGCUUCCGUAGCAGCCCAUGACUGUUAGCUUUUGGCGCCUGCUCGCUGCUGCAGACACAUAAAGGGAAAGCUGACCGCGUGGCUAGCAGACAUCACACAAGCAGCUCCUCUUUUGUUUUAAAGGCAAACACACGACAGCCUUCUUUUGCAAGUUGGAGCUUGUAGCAGGAAACGCAGAAAUGCAAAACAUGGGCAAGAAGCAGAAUACCAAGGGUAAGAAGGAUUCAAUGGACACACAGGAGGAGCCCGAGGAAUUUGUGGUGGAGAAAGUGCUUGACCAACGAAUUGCCAAUGGGAAAGUAGAAUUCUUCCUGAAGUGGAAAGGAUUUACAGAGGCUGACAAUACCUGGGAGCCAGAGGAUAACCUGGAUUGUCCAGAGCUAAUCUCAGCUUUUUUAGAAGCACAGAAGAACGUUAAGGAGAAGCCUGCGCCUGUGAAGCGGAAGGCAUCAACAGAUGAGCCAGAGACAGAAGCCAAGAAAAAAGAUGUGGCUGAGAAACCACGUGGCUUCGCCAGGAAUCUCGACCCAGAACGGAUCAUCGGCGCAACAGACAGCAGCGGGGAGUUGAUGUUCUUGAUGAAAUGGAAAGACUCAGAUGAAGCAGAUUUGGUCCCAGCCCGUGAGGCCAACACUCGCUGCCCUCAGGUGGUCAUUUCCUUCUAUGAGGAGAGAUUGACAUGGCAUUCCUGUCCAGAGGACGAGGCUCAGUAGUACUGUCUUUUGGUCCCUGCAGUCUCCUACCACCCUUUUCCUCAGGACUGAGUUUUCUUCUCUGGCUUGCCUUUUAGUUUUAGCCGUCUUAGUUAUUUUUCAAGAUGUUUCAGCCCUCGCUUUGUAUGGCUGUCAAGGAGAGCUAAGUUGUAAAUAUUAGCUGAACUGAUUCUAAGAGAGAAGGUGGUGGUGUUUUUGGUGUAUAAUGAAAGAAGUCUUCCGGUUUCAUAUAAUUGAUGUAUUGGCAGUUUAAAAAACAUAUUCUUUUGAUCAAACCCACCACCAUCCUUAUUCAAAUUUUGUAAAUUCUAAAAGGUACUUUGGUCUGUGAAGGUGUCACCCACCUCUUGUGUAUCAAUCUCCUGUAAGAUUCUGUUUUUGUUUUCUACACUAGUGCUAAUGUUUUGUUCUAAAAGUGCAUUUUGUAUACUCUGUCUGUAAAUAUUAUUUGAAGUUCUAAUAAAGGUUUUAUGUG